AUGCCAUCUGACCAAAGUUCGUGGCUCAUUGCGGUUCCUAACGACGGUGACGCCGAGGGUUUGUAUCAGGAGCUUUCUGGAAAGCUCGAAACUCAAAAGGCACUCUCGCGAAGCAAUCUGGGCGAGUUCAAGGUCCCAGAGUUGAAGACAGGGACAUUAGACUUAUUGAUCACUCUUUCUGAAGAACUUCCUAAACAUGAUUCUAAUGCUACUUCGACGGUUGGCAAGAUUGUCGACACUCUCCGCAAUCUUCUAAACAAUGACCCUUCACGGCUCGCGCAACACACGCUAGUCGAAGAGAAGACUUGUGAUGAUUAUUUACUCAAGAACUGGAAAUGGAACUCUGGAAAGUAUAACACUGAAAGGAGCCUACGCGACACUGUUGAUGCAUUGGUCAAGGAAAGCACAUCUAUAGACAAUGUAAUGAAAACCAAACUCAGUAGCUACAAUCUUGCGAAAGGUGCACUGACUCAAAUGCAACGCAAGAAGACCGGGAACCUCUCAGUGAGGUCUCUCAUUGAUGUUGUAAAGCGUGAGCAUGUCAUUCCCGAAUCAGAGUACAUGGAGACCGUGUUUGUUGCCGUACCAAAGAAUUUGGUAAAGCAGUGGAAUUCUACAUAUGAACGCUUGGCUGGGAUGGUAGUUCCUAGAUCCUCAAAAUUGAUUCAAGCGGACGAUGAGUAUUCCUUGUUUUCGGUCGUAAUCUUUACCAAGGUCAGGCAAGAAUUUUCGAAUAAAUGUCGGGAGAACAAAUUCAUUAUCCGCGAGUUUGAUUUCAACGAGGAGGAAAUAGAGAAACAGCGCGAGGAACUUCAGAUGGCUGAUCUUUCAGAGAAAGAGCUCUGGACUGAAUUGCUACGACUCGCCCGGACCAAUUUCUCCGAGGCGUUCCAAGUCUUGGUCCAUAUCAAGGUCGUUCGCUUGUUUGUAGAGAGCGUGUUGAGAUACGGAUUACCUGCAAGCUACACCGGGAUUAUUGUCAAGCCAGAACCAAAGACUACUAAGCGUACACUGGACGUACUUGCAAGCCAUUUUGCCUACCUUGGUUCCAAAUCGAGAAGCCGCGACAAGAAAUCGGGCAAUGCGGAUGAAGACUAUGUUGGAGAGUAUCAGACACUCAUGGAGCAGGAGAUCUUUGACUACGUGCUGUUCGAGGUCCCAUGGGUUGUGUGA